GACUGUAGGGAAGGAGGAGCCGAUGAACUGGGUCACAUGGUUGCACACUGAUCGCUACUCGAAACAGUCACUGCAAAGCCAGUCCUCCAUAUCAUUAGAACUGCGCCCUCAACGCAUCACCUUUGAAUGGAAUACGGCAUAUUUCUUGAUGUAACCUAGUUACACUGAAAACAGAACGAGCUGCGGCUUUUUUCGUCGGAGGAAGCGAGCACCGCCUCCAAGGCCGAGAAAACUGCCCUUUCGGUGUCGUUUAAACCAGCCUCUGAAAACUUGCUGCUUCGGUUUGACAUGUGAGAUUUUUUUUCCUGUGAAACUGUGUCUUUCGCUAGUCUGACUGACACUGACAACAACCGACCGUGGCUUUUACGGUCUUUAUCAGGUCUAAGUGACGCUCAUUUAAAUGUUGUAGCUUUUACAGCCAGUUUCUCAACCGGGAACAUUCAGCGACUUUUCAGUUGCUGAACACUAAAACAGAAAAACGGCUUCUGCACUGAGGUAGCAGAGGAGGAGGAAAACCCCCAAACUCAUAGGAUAUGGACUCGACCAAAGCUGGAGGUGUAAUAACCUACAUCAGCUCAUCUAGCUCUGCCUCCAGUCCAGAGUCCUGCCACAGCGACUCCUCCAAUGGCAGCUACCAGUUGGCCUCCCCGCCUCACGGCUCCUCACCCAGCCACCGCCAGCUGGGUCAACCAGCUGACCCCACACUCCCUGCCAGUGGCCAAAACCUUCCAGGGGCUCAGAAGACCGGACGCUCCUCCUCUGCAAAAUGUGGCAUCACAAAAAUCAAUGGCCUGGUGCUGCUGUGUAAGGUCUGUGGCGAUGUGGCCUCUGGUUUCCAUUACGGUGUCCACGCCUGCGAGGGCUGCAAGGGCUUCUUCAGGAGGAGCAUUCAACAAAACAUCCAGUAUAAGAAGUGCCUUAAGAACGAGAGCUGCCCCAUCAUGAGGAUCAACAGGAACCGCUGCCAGCAGUGCCGCUUCAAGAAAUGCCUGAUGGUGGGGAUGUCCAGAGACUCUGUGCGUUUUGGCCGAAUCCCUAAACGGGAGAAACAGCGCAUGCUGCUGGAGAUGCAGAGUGCCAUGAACAACAUGAUGAACAACAGCCAGCUGCACAGCCAGCUGCACAGCAGCCAGGCGCUACCUAUCGCCAAACCGCUGCCAGCCAGCGCCACAGAACCUACCUCAGAGGACGCCGGCUCCGCCCCCUCCUGCUCUCCAUCCUCAUCACCGUGCUCCAGCCAAUCAGACUCCAGCUCGGACCCUGAGCCCUCCGUGGCAAUGGACACCAGCCCCAGCUCGGCCUCACCAAGUGCGUCUGACAGCGGAGAGGAAGAGGUGAUUGGCUCAGUGACCAGGGCCCACCAGGAGACCUUCAUGUACAACCAGGAGCAGAGCAGCCUGACACCUGAGACCCCAACCACCACAGGCCCCCUGAACAAUGGCUCUGAUCAAAACACCCCAAACUGUUGGAAAGAAGAGCGGCAGGACGCCUGGAACCACCGCAAUAACAUGGUCACCAUGGCAGCUCAGGACCCCUCCUCCAGCCUGGGUCCUCAGGGUCCAGAUGACAUCACCCCCAGCCACUGCCCUUUCAGACUGUCCAGGAGCACUGCCAGCCACUGUCCAGCCUACACACAUGGAGCUUUCAGAGCCCCAGCUUCAGAGGACUCCAUCAAUGGAGCCUACAAUGGGCACCAGUGGAGAGAAGGCAAAAGGAUGCAUCUGGUUUGUCCGAUGAACACGUCUCCCCAUGUGGAUCCUCAGAAAUCUGGCCACGAGGUGUGGGAGGAGUUCUCCCACAGCUUCACCCCCGCUGUCAGGGAGGUGGUGGAGUUUGCCAAGAAGAUCCCAGGCUUCAGAGAUCUGUCCCAGCACGACCAGGUCAGCCUGCUGAAGGCUGGCACCUUUGAGGUGUUGGUAGUUCGUUUUGCUUCUCUUUUCGACGUGAAGGACCGCACUGUAACCUUUCUGGGUGGGAAGAAGUACAGUGUGGAUACUCUGAGAGCCAUGGGGGCCAGCGACCUCCUCAACUCCAUGUUUGACUUUAGUGAGAAGCUCAUCAACCUGGGCCUCAGUGAGGAGGAGAUGAGUCUCUUCACUGCUGUGGUUCUGGUCUCUGCAGAUCGUUCUGGCAUUGAGAACGUGAACUCAGUGGAGGCCCUGCAGGAAACCCUGAUCCGCGCCCUGCGAAGCCUCAUCACCAAGAACCACCCCAACGAGUCGGCCAUCUUCACCAAGCUGCUGCUCAAACUGCCUGACCUGCGCUCGCUCAACAAUAUGCACUCUGAGCAGCUGCUGGCUUUCAAGGUCCAUUCCUGAACUUUCCUCUAGUACUUGAUACCACCCCUCCCCCCUCUGCAACACAGACUAGAAUGGCCCGUGACCGAACCUGGAGGCCACCAGCUGGGUACCACCAGCUCCGCAACACCUCCCACCCAACCACACCUGCACCUCCAUGCUUCUCCCAUGAGGCUUUGGGUUUUGUUCCUUCUGUCUAUAAAUUGAACUAAAGCUCAAACCUGACAUUUAAAGGGGGAGGAAGACCAUAAAAUGUUAUUGUACUGUACUGUAGGGCGUAUUGCCUGUGUGAUGGUAUUGCAUACAUACAGACACACUGAUUGAUGUACAUGUUUCCUGUGUUUGUGUGUAGCAUACUGUAUGUUUGCAACUGUACAAACGUUAGAAGCACUUUUCUGUAUAGUGUAGACUGGUAUUUUUGCAUUCAUAGUGCAAUAUGUGACUGCUUUUUGAUUUGAGCUGUAUAGUGGGGAGUCAUAAAACCUGUGUACAUUGUUUCAGUGGCACACAUUAAUUUGAAUAGGUGCCGUGCUCAUGUGAUAAGGGGGGAGUGGUAAACCUAUGACCCCCAGACACUGAAUAACUAACGAGGUAGAAUCCUCUUUAAAAAAACCAAAAAAAACAAAAACAAAAGCAGCAUGUAAAGCUGCUAAAAAAAAAGGUCCCAGGUUUCUAGUUUGGUCCCCAGAGAAAUUUGAGAAUGUUGUUUAAUUUGAAUGACUUUUGGGAAGCAAAAAACAACGAUGUCUUAGUUUAAGCUUUUCCAUGCAGUUGUGUAUGUACUAUGCUGUGUUUCUGUCAAGUGCAGGUUAUUUUUCUUAAUUAUUUGGGCAUUGUGACAAAUCAGAUGUAUCAGUGUCACUCGAUUGCUUUGCGAUAUGAGAUUUCAGUGGAAACACUGGAGAAACACUGAACCAGUGAAAUCAAAUUCUGGACUUUGAGCAUUUUGAAGAUACCUUUUCUCUUAUCUUACAUAUAUAUACAUAUAUAUUUUCCUUAAAGAAAAAAGUUUAUUUCUGAGAUUCCAGUGUCUGCUGUCCUUCUUGUCUUGGGUCAUGUUAAAUUUCCUAAUCUGACACUUGAUGCUGUCGGACACUGGACGGCAGAGAGAACUGUCUCGCUGUCACCAGCAACUCCCACUUGCUUGAAUAAACUUAAUUUCUGUUUUACAAAGCUGUACAGACUUUAGUUGAGUGUAAUUAAACUGAAUAGGUAGGACUAUUCUAGAUAAAAUAUGACUGUAAUAUCACUGAAGUGAUUGUAGUUUAAAGAAAUAAGCUGAGUCAAGGUGACAUGUGAGUUGCUGGUCUUCAGAUAUUUUUGCAAUGCCAUCUUUAUGUCCCGAUGUCGAAUUCAGAAUGUCUGGCCUUUGAUAUCCAGAGCUUCUGUCAUUGUGUUAACAUUGCUAAAAUGUGGUUCUGUUCUCCUCUGUGAAAGGAUUGCAGUAUGCAUAGAUUUCUACAUAAUUAUAUACAUACUAUCAUACAUACAUAACUGUAUAGAUGAAUAUAUCUAUAUAAAUAAAUUUUAUAAAUGCA